AUGACGGGAGAAAACAAGCGCAAGCGCGAGGAGGACGCCGAAACUGCUCUGGAUACGGCAGACAAUGGAAAUGGCGUGGCCCCAAGACUUGCGGCGACGAAUGGCUCUACCUCACCACCUACUACCUCAGAUAACGCUAUGAACGGCGAUGAGAAUCGUGAUGCGCACCAUCGCAAGUCGAAAAAGAAGCGUGUAGACGGCGAGAAGAUCAAAUACCCCGGCUUGACAUAUGUCGAGGGUAAGUUGCAGUCGUGUAUUCGUAUUGCUGAUUUGCAAGGAUUGCUUCUCUACUGUUUUGCGGACGGUAUCGCUCCGCAGUGGAUUUCCGUGAAGCAUUCCGGCCAUAUGCGCAAAGUCGUUGCACUGAUGGUACCUGGACUGGAGAUUGGCAUGUUUGACGGCACCAUCCCAUUGCAGCCCAUUGAAAACAGCAAACAGAAUCCUGAACCAUUAGACGAGACCGAGAAGACCGCCGCCGACGAAAAAGCUGCCGACUUCGAAAGAUGGAAGCAGGGCCUUCCUCUCGAAGACCGAUCCAAUCGAUUCAACCCUCGAACUCUUUCAUCCGUUGAUCUGCCUGAACCCUUGCGUCCUCUAGCCUACACCUUUCCUCACAUCUGGCCUGUCAAGGCUCCCGGCGACACCAAAUACAACAAGGUGCAUUCGCCUCUACAAGCCAUGCUGUUGUCCCAGGUACCGAAAGCCAAAGAUGAGGCUUCUCGUGGCAAGGGAGCGCGCCCGGCUCGGGUCGACAAGGGUUAUGUUGUGCAACGCACACCGAUCACAGCUUUCAUCAGCACAUUGGAGCAAUUACGCGAGAAUGAAUACACUAUUCAUCCUGCAUUUUUCACCUCUGAGCAAGAAAAGGCUGCCGAGGCUGAGUCCCGACGAAGAAAUGAAGAGUCUGAGGAGCAUGGCUGGGUUGAUUCUCUGGUUCCUAGCCUCGAGGCUGGAGACAUACCAGAUAAUGAGAUUGAAAAGGGCAGCAUGACUGCAGGUCGGGAUGUGCUGGCUCUCGAUUGUGAGAUGUGUCUCACGGAAGGUGGCAAGUCUGAAUUAACGCGUAUCAGUAUGAUGCGCUGGGAUGGGGAAAUCGUAUUGGAUGAACUGGUGAAGCCGGCACGCCCGAUUAUCGAUUAUCUCACCCGGUUUUCAGGCAUCACAAAGGAAAUGUUGGACCCGGUCACAACCACUUUGCCUGAUAUUCAAAAGAAGCUGCUCUCCAUCCUAACCCCUCGCGCGAUCUUGGUUGGACACUCCCUCAAUUCUGAUCUAACGGCAUUGAAAAUGACCCACCCUUUCAUCGUGGAUACGGGCAUCAUUUACCCUCACCCACGCGGUCCUCCCUUGAAAUGCAGUUUGAAGUGGCUCACACAAAAGUAUCUCAAUAAGGCAAUCCAGCAAGGUACGACCGGUCACGACUCUGUUGAAGACGCCCGUGCUGUCUUGGACCUCGUCAAAUUGAAAUGCGAAAAGGGUGAGCGUUGGGGCACUAGCGAUGCUUCCAAUGAGAGUAUCUUCCGCCGUCUCGGUCGCUCCAAGCGUCCGAACAAGACAUCCUCCGACGAAGCCCGGACCGGAGCAGUUGUAGACUGGGGAAAUCCGGAGCGCGGCUUCGGGGCCCAGGCAACAGUUUCUAUUGGAUGCGUCAAUGACGACGACGUUGUGAAGGGCGUUUCCGCUACUGUUAAUGGCGAUCCCUCCAAUCCAGCUGUCCCAGGCGGGGGUGUGGAUUUCACAUGGGCACGCCUUCGCAACCUGGAACAGUUCCGUGGCUGGGCCACUCGCCUCCCAGAUGCGAACAAUGCCAACGAAUCUACCGAGGUGGCCGCCAGUGCUUCUCUUCCAGAAGAAAUGACACCGACAACUGGCACAGAUGGUUCUAAUACCCCCUCAUUCGAUCCCGCCCUUGCCGAUGCAGUGACUAAGACGGUCGCUGAUAUCAAUCAAAUUUAUGCAUCGCUCCCUCCGUGUACAUUAUUUGUGGUUUAUUCAGGCACUGGCGACCCUCGUGAGGUCAGCCGCCUUCAGGCAAUGCACCGGAAGCAUCGCGAAGAGUUUAAGGGCUCCAAGCCUUGGGACGAGCUCAGUGUGAAGUGGACCGAUGUGGAGGAACAGGCUUUGAAGAAGGCAUGUGAGCAGGCUCGCGAAGGCUGUGGAUUUAUGUGCGUAAAAUAG